AUUUACACUCUACCAAACGAACCGAAGUGUCCCAACUCUCUCAAGUAGUGCAAUGUCUAUAUAAACUUUGUUGUCUCCCUUUAAUUUUUCUUCUACUAUCAAAAUCUUAAGUUCCUAUCUGUUUUUUCUUCUUCUAGACUUCUCGUGAAUAAACUUUUUCAUUUUUCUUGUUUCUCGUGACUCUUUUUGUGUACUAUACAGAUACUUUUAUCAACACAAAAAGUCUCAUAUUUUGUUCCUAUAUUGAGCUCCAUUUGAAGCAGAGAGUAGAAAAUUAAUGGUCAUGGCUUUGCAGAAACACAUAGUGUUACUUUUUUUGACUUGUUUGUUUACAUCUUCAUAUUCUUAUCAAUUUAUGAUUGGUGGCAAAGAUGGUUGGAUUCCUAACCCUUCUGAAAAUUACAAUACUUGGUCUCAACGUAUGAGAUUCCAAAUCAAUGACUCUGUUUUGUUCAAGUAUAAACAAGGUGCAGAUUCAGUGUUGGAAGUGAGUAAAAAUGAUUAUGAUAAGUGCAACACAGCCAAUCCAAUCAAGAAAAUGGAGGAUGGAAAUUCCGUUUUCACAUUUGAUCGUUCUGGUCCUUUUUACUUCAUUAGUGGCAACAAAGAUAAUUGUGACAAAGGACAAAAGUUGCAAAUCAUUGUAAUCUCUGUUAGGAAACCUCCUACUACUACUCCACCAGCACCACAAACUCCGACACCCGUGGCUGCUCCGCCUAGUAAUGGACCAUCUUCACCUACUACACCAUCUCCUUCUGGAGGUUCUACUACUCCACCACCCAAAUCUUCUACUCCUCCUGCAUCCUCUCCGGGCGCUGCUCCGCCUACCGGAUCAUCCACACCAAGUGCAUCAGCACCCAGUGGGGCACCAGUAUCUACUACUCCAGCAGGUAUAACACCAGCCUCAUCCCCGACGCCUGCCGGUUCAAACGUAUCUCCUCCAUCUCCUGCUACCGGAGGAUCCAUAACUCCGGCAGGCGGUCCAUCAGGAAGUAUUUCACCGACGGCAGGCGGUAAAUCUGGUAGCAUGUCACCAGCAGGAGGAGGACCAUCUGCAGGUACAUUACCACCAGCUGGCGGACCAUCUGCAGGUACAUUACCACCAGCUGGCGGACCGUCUACAGGUGCGUUAUCACCUGCAAGUGGGCCGUCUGCAGGUGCAUUAGCACCGGGGGUAGGAGGACCAUCGGUGGGAGCACCAGGAAGUAUUGCUGGUGGUCCAGGCGGCAAUACUCCGGCGGACAUUAAUUCACCAGCAGGCGCACCAGAAACUCCAAAUUCAUUUGCAGUAAAGGCUUUUACUCCAUCAAUUGUCUUUAUGUCAGCCGCUGCGCUAGUUUUGACCGUGGCUUUGGGAGAAUUUAUUAUGUAGAGUUACUGCAUGAUAUAUUUAAAUUUGUGUUUUUUUUUUUUUCAAUUUCCUCUCUCCUUUUUCAUUUGUUUUUUAAUUCCCUGAAUAAUUAGGAGAUUGGAGUGUUUUUUUUGGGUAUACAAGAGAUGUAUUUAAUUGCUUUUUUCUUUUUUUCAUGGGAGACUUAAAAUUUGAAUUUAUGUGAGUAUGUUUUAGCUUUA